AUGGGUUUCAAACAACAGAACAUUAGGCUGCCAGCCUUCCAAAGGGGCUGCCACCUUGUGACCAGCGACAUUGUGCGGGAGAUCAACCCCCUCCUCAAGGGGAUCCAUGCGGGUCUCUGCCAUAUUUUCAUCCAACACACCUCAGCAUCAUUAACGAUCAAUGAGAAUGCGGAUCCCGAUGUCCGAGCAGACAUGGAGACCUUCUUGAGCGCAGUCGUGCCUGAAGGCUCCAAAGCCCCCUGGGUGCAUAGUGACGAGGGGCCAGAUGACAUGCCAGCACAUGUCAAGUCCAGCAUGUUUGGAGCGUCUGUUUCCAUCCCAAUCACCCGAGGACGGCUAGCACUUGGAACAUGGCAGGGCAUCUGGUUGUGCGAGCACCGAAAUGCGGGGGGGCGAAGGAAUCUCGUCGUCACGGUUCAGGGGGAGUGA